UUACAGAGGAACCGGACCCUCCAUUUUCAUACCAACGAGAACAUCUUUGAGGAGGCCGCCGUCCUCCAUACUCCUCACUUCACCGUCGCCGGAGCCCAAGCCACCUCCACCUUCAAGCUCCGCCGCCGCCCUCUUUCACAGCCCACCCUCAGAAUGGCUGAGGAAGAACAAGAAAUUAAAAGGACAUCUCAUUCAGAGGAAGGAGAGUCUGAAGGCAAUGAUGAAAAGGGGAGAAUUCGGAAAAAUAAACUAAAGAAGCGGUUGUUGAAGGAAGCUUCUAAGGCUGAUAAGCGUGGGGUUUGCUACUUGAGUCGGAUUCCCCCUCACAUGGAUCAUGUGAAGCUUCGUCAUAUACUUUCCCAGUAUGGAGAAAUCCAAAGGAUUUAUCUUGCUCCAGAAGACCCUGCAACUCAAGUACAUCGCAAACGGGCUGGUGGGUUUCGAGGACAAGUAUUUUCAGAAGGGUGGGUUGAAUUUACCAAGAAAACUGUUGCUAAGAGGGUGGCCAAGAUGUUAAAUGGUGAACAAAUAGGUGGGAGGAAGAGAUCAUCAUUCUAUUAUGACCUUUGGAAUAUCAAGUACUUGAGCAAAUUCAAGUGGGACGAUCUUACAGAAGAGAUUGCUUACAAGAAUGCCAUUCGAGAGCAGAAACUAGCUUUGGAACUUUCUGCUGCUAAGCGGGAGCGUGACUUCUACCUCUCUAAAGUUGACAAGUCUCGUGCCUUGAGUUCUAUAGAAGAACGACUAAAGAAGAAGCAAAAGGUCCAACAAGAUGCAGGAACAAACACCGAGGCCCCUGCUAAUGAUCAAGGACCAAAGGUGAUCCGCCAAUUCCCCCAGAAACCACCACUUGCAGAUAAAGCAGCAGAGAGCAAGCCGAGACUCUCCAAAGACAUCCUAGCAGGGGUGUUUGGGGGUUCGUCAUAAAGCGGCUAGUGGACUUGGACCUCAUUUACCAGCUUCUAAGGCAAGUCAUGAGUACAAAAAUGUAGGGUUCAUGUGCUGCUUGUUUGAAGGCAAGAGUUGCCAAUGUCCCGAUCCUUCUCAAUUUUGUCAAUCUUCUACAAUAGAAACCAUGUGAAUGAUACUACUUUCCAUUGUACCCUUCCAAAGUUUAUUUAGGCGCUUUUUUUUUAUUAUUUCUUUUUUUAGUGUAGGGUGGACCCCACUGAUGAAAUGAAUGUUCCAUUUGGUAGAGUCAGGCAAAAAGGUGGCUGAAUGGGA